AUUUAAAUUUAUCUGUUUACAUUUUUGUUUUGGGACCAUGGAGCAACCGCAACAUGGCACGGCUCCACUGCAGGAAUACCUCACAGAUUUGGUUAUUCCUCACCAACGUUGCAAUGUCAAUAUCAUCCCGGAUCAUAUAACUAUGCUUCAUGGCACCAAGUCAAAGAAACAGAAUUCUAAGAAGCGACGGGCCCACAAAUCACAAACAUUGUCACGCCGGGAGUAUGCCAGCCUUGGACUGAAUACUCUGCCCACACGACAGAUGAGCUAUGAACAGGCCCUGCCGCUGCAUAAACUGUGGCGUGGCUAUAUAAGGGAGCACCUAAAUCUGAAGGAAGGCGAUCAAGUACCUCAAAUUCAUGAGCCACGCUAUGAGGAAUUCAGUAAACUGCUGGUCAAAAUGGAUUUUCAUGGAGCCAAGCUGAAGGUGAUCCAAUCGAAAUGUGAAACACUUGUCGGCAUAGCUGGCAUUUGUGUAAUGGACACAAAGAAUGUAUUGAAACUUCUGGGCACUGAUCAUCGACUGCGAACUGUGCCCAAGAGCGAAUGUGUCUUUGGAAUGCACGUGGGCAACAUGGAAUUUACCAUAUUUGGCCAACAUUUGAAUAUUAGACCAGCGGAGCGUAGUGUUAAGAAAAUCAAAGGAUUCAUUGAGCCAUUUAUGUAGAGUCAGCAAAUUUCUGAGUACUGAGAUUGAGUUCAAUUUUGGAUUAUUUAGAAUUACUCUUUAAUUUCUUUAAGCAUAUAAAAUCGUACAUUAAAUGUUAUAUUUUCAUAUCAUUAA